AUGAGGUCCGGAGCUUCCCAUAGGACCCACGAGCGCAGACGGAAGGACCAGUGGCAUGACCCCCCGGGAGACGAUCGCAGCUACAUGAGCUCGAGUUCCCAGCACUCCUUCAACGAUGAAGACUUCACCGGAAAUUCUGGCAAUUUCUGGCCCGAGCCAGUACUCCCCGCUCACUGGUCGGGGGACGAAGGAUGCGGGCAGGGAUUCGGGGAAGGCGGCCGCGGCGGAAGAAGAUCGGGGAAUCGGCAGCGAGGAGCGUCGAAAGGUGACCGAGGCGGCGCGUGGGGCGGCAGCAACCAGCCGCUGCAGCCGGCCUGGCAGCAGAACCAGAGUUGUCGCGAGGCAAACGUUAACAAUAGAGGUGACGUGUGGAACGCGCCCCAGGUCGCGAACAACGGCGCGGCGAAUCUCGGUGAUCGGCCGUGCAACGACGAACGACGUCAUCAACCCUGGCAGAAUUGUCGAGGCACGCAGAUCUAUAACCGUGGCGGCGACGGUCGGUGGAGCGAUCGGGGGGCGUGCGAGAACAUCAGGAACAAUCUGCUGGACAGGGUGGAGGAUGUCUGUCAGGACGAAUGGCGAAGCUCCGCCGAAAUGCAUCCGUGGAACCGAGGCAACUGGAUGGGCGAACAGACGUGGGACGCUGCCCGAGGAAACACCGUGGACCUCGGAUGGAUCAAGCGGGAACCUUCGUGGGAGAACGCGCGAGACGACGCGGCGGCGUGUAACCGCGGCGACAGACGUCCGGCAUGUACAAAGCCAGAAAUACAGCAACCGAAACCUCUAAAUAAGGGCGAACGAGAGAUUACCAUACAGACAUCAUUACCUGCUAGUACAAAACCAGAAGCAAAACAAUCCAAAGCUCCAAACAAGUCCAUACCAGAGAUUACCCCACAGAAAUUGCUGCCUGCUAGUUCAAAGCCAGAAACAAAACAGGCCAAAGCUCCUAACAAGUCUAAACCAGAGGCUACCCCACAGAAAUCACUGCAUACUAGAUCAAAGCCAGAAACAGAGCAAGCCAAAGCUCCAACUAAAUCACAAUCAGAAAGUACCUCACAGACAUCACAUACGGCUAGUUCAAAACGAGAAACAGAACAACCCCAAGCUCCAACAAAGUCAAAAUCAGACAGUACUAGACAGGCAGCACUGUCUUCUACUACAAAGCCAGACGUAAAGCCUCCUAAAGCUUGGAAUAAGUCCAAACCAGAGACUACCCAACAGACAUCACUGUCUGCUACUUUAAAGACAGAAACAGAGCAAGCCAAAGCAUCGACCAAGUCCAAACCAGAGAGUACGAAACGUUCGUCACCACCAAACCACUCCAGUUCAAAACCAGAAAUAAGUCAACACAAAGCUUCUGUCAAGUCAAAAUCAGAAAGUACCCCACAGCCACCACAGCCUGCUACUUCAAAACUGGGAACAGAGCAAGCCAAUGAACCCACCAAGUCCAAAUCUGAAAGUACAUCACAGACACUACAGCCUGGUAGUUCAAAGCCAGAAACAAAGCAAGCCAAAGCUCCAACCAAGUCCAAAUCAGAAAAUACACCACAGACACAACAGCUGUCUAGUUCGAAGCCAGAAACAGAGCAAACCAAAGCUCUAACCAAAUUAAGAUCAGAGUGUACCCCACAAACACCACAGCAUGCUACUUCUAAACUGGGAACAAAGCAAGCCAAUGAACCAACCAAGUCUAAAUUUAAAAGUACAUCACAGACACAACAGAUGUCUAGAUCGAAGCCAGAAACAGAGCAACCCAAAGCUCCAACCAAGUCUAAAUCAGAAUGUACCUCACAGCCACCACAGCCUGCUAGUAGGCCAGAAACAGAGCAAGCCAAGCUUUCAAAUAAUGCACAAUCAGAGAGUACCAUACAGACAUCAUUACCUGCUAGUACAAAACCAGAGGCAAAGCAAGCCAAAGCCCCUAGCAAGUCCAUACCAGAGAUUACCCCACAUAAAUCGCUGCCUGCUAGUUCAAAGCCAGAAACAAAACAAGCCAAAGCUCCUAACAAGUCCAACCCAGAUGCCACCCCACAGAAAUCAAUGCCUACUAGUUCAAAGCCAGAAACAGAGCAAGCCAAAUCUCCAACUAAAUCACAAUCAGAGAGUACCAUACAGACAUCAUUACCUGCUAGUACAAAACCAAAAGCAAAGCAAGCCAAAGCUCCUAACAAGUCUAACCCAGAUGCUACCCCACAGAAAUCAAUGCCUACUAGUUCAAAGCCAGAAACAGAGCAAGCCAAAUCUCCAACUAAAUCACAAUCAGAGAAU